AUGACUUCUAAUAAUGAUGAAAAAUCAUCUCAGGACGAUAAUACUGAAACAAAAGAUUCUAAUGAUAAACCGACUAAUGCAGUUGGCUUUUUUCAAUUAUUUCGUUAUGCUACAUUUCUUGAUAUAUUGAUGAUGUUUGUGGGUAGCAUAUGUGCUGCCGCAAAUGGAGCAGCAUUUCCUUAUCAAACAAUAAUUAUUGGUAAUGCUUUAGAUGCUUUGCUUCGUUACGGGGUUUUAUUAUCAGCAAAUGCAGUAACAGAAGAUGCUAAAGAUGAAUUGAAAAGAGAUAUACUAAAACAAACCAUAUAUUUUCUUGCUAUUGGAGGGGCAGUAUCAAUAUUUUCCUACUUACAGAUAACACUUUGGAUGGUUGCAGGGGAAAGACAAGUGAUGCGACUUCGUCAAUUAUAUUAUAAAUCAAUCCUUUGUCAAGAAAUUGCUUUCUUUGAAUCAACAUCGACAGGACAAAUCACAAAUCGUAUAUCCUCAGAUGCAAGUUUAUUCCAAGAUGGUAUUUCUGAAAAGAUUGGAUUAAUUGUUCAAAACCUUGCAUCAUUUAUUGGGGGAUUUGUAAUUGGAUUCACAAAAGCAUGGAAACUUACUCUUGUCAUGUGCAGUACAUUGCCAUUAUUAAUUGCGGCUGGUGUUCUAUUUGGAUACAUUAUCGAAGCUUCAACUAAAAAGGGACAAGAGGUUUACGCAGAAGCAGGAAAUGUAGCUGAGCAGGUAUUUUCUGGCAUUCGAACAGUGAUAGCCUUUGGAGGUCAACAACGUGAAAUUGCUCGUUAUAGCCAAAAAUUAAAAGGUGCUUAUACAAUUGGGAAAAAGAAGGCAUUAACUACUGGUUUAAGUUUCGGCUUUAUAAAUUUUGUCUUUUUUGGGAUUCUCGCAUUGGGAUACUGGUAUGGUGGUACUUUAGUUUAUGAUGGAAAAAUGACCUCUGGGGAAGUAUAUUAUGUUGUGUUGGCGGUUAUCCUUGGCGCAUGGUUACUUGGCUCUGCGAGUCCAAGCUUUACAGCAAUUGCAAAUGCUCGUGGGGCUGCUUACAAUCUUUUCAAUGUUAUUGAUCGUAUUUCAGCAAUUGAUUCAGAUUCAAAGACUGGAAUCAUUCUUGAUAAAAACUCUGUCAAAGGACGCCUAGAAUUCAAAAAUAUAAAUUUCUUUUAUCCAUCUCGUCCAGAUAUUCAAAUAUUAAAAAACUUUAACUUAACAAUUGACUCUGGAGAAACAGUUGCUUUAGUUGGUAGUUCAGGAUCUGGAAAAUCAACUAUAGUUGCCCUAUUAGAAAGAUUCUAUAAUCCAACUAAUGGAUCGAUUCUUCUUGAUGGAGAAGAUAUCGAAAAAAUUAAUGUUAAAUCGUUAAGAUCUCAAAUUGGUCUUGUGGGACAAGAGCCUGUACUUUUCCCGAAAAGUAUUAGAGAGAAUGUUGCGUGGGGUGAAAUUUCAGAUGACAAAAAACCAAGUUUAGAUGAAGUAAUUGAAGCGUGCAAAAAAUCUAAUGCACAUGAAUUUAUUAAGGAUUUACCAAAAUCUUAUGACACAGAAGUCGGAGAUAAAGGUUCUUUAUUGUCUGGAGGACAAAAACAAAGAAUUGCUAUUGCACGUGCAAUUAUAAAGAACCCAUCUAUAUUAUUAUUAGAUGAAGCAACAUCAGCUCUUGAUACUGAAUCUGAGCAUCUCGUUCAGGAGGCUCUUGAUAAAGCCACAGCCUCAAAAAGUUUUACAUCAAUAGUCAUUGCGCAUCGACUAUCUACUGUUAAAAACGCGAAUAAAAUUGUGGUGAUGAAUCAAGGUGAAAUUGUGGAAAUUGGGAACCAUGAAGAAUUAAUUGCGAAACGUGGAGCUUAUUAUGACUUAGUUCAAGCACAAGAAUUAAAAGUCGAAGAAGAUAAAGAUGUGGAAGAAAUUGAUGUUUCUUCCCAAUCUGAGGAUGAAGCUGAUAUAACACAAGAUGAUCCAGAUAUAAAAAUAGAAUUUGAAAGAAAAGAUAAGAGAUCCUUUUUACGAAGAAUGUCCACAAAAAAUUCAAUCCAAAUCAUUUCUGAUAAAAAAGGCAAGAAUGCCAAUUUACGUAGAAUGACUACAAAAGAUUCAACAGAUAGAUCAUUGAAAAGUUUAGAAGAGGAGGAAGACAAAAAGUUAGAACAACCAUCCCCUUAUGGGAAAAUCUUUAAACUUCAAAAGCCAGAAUAUCCAUUAUUAUUCAUGGGUUUAGUUAGCUCUGUUAUCAGUGAAGAAUUACGUAGAGAUUCAAACUUCUGGUCAUUAAU